AAGCAGAACAAACGAAAAGUAAACAGCAGGACGAAGGUGACAAAUAUAAAAUAAAUUGGCAUCACUUAUCCAUGUGCAAUAUGAAGAAGCUAACACCUAUGCAGAGCAAGACAAGCAAUUGAAACGCACAGUCUAAAAAUGUCAACGGAAAAGGUGGCCGAAGAGAUUGGCAAUUGUGUGCGGGGAAAUUUACAAUGGUUGCAACUGCCCGUACACCUACGCUCGGUGCUGCACAACAAUCAGCGGGACUACGAAAAAUACGUAUUCAACUACAGUCUAAAGAAUCAGUUGCGCUUUCGUGGCAACUUGGCCUCAAAGGUAUUUGGGAAAGAGCAACGCUAUUACGAGCUGCUCAUAAAGAGGAAUAUAAAUGGAUUGGGAGUGUUUCCCUACCAUUUGGCCGAUAUUGUGACCAAGGGAUUGCGGGUAACGCCUUUUAACUAUUACAUAGAGGUUCUCAGUCAGUUGCUGCGCAGUGACAAGAGCUACGACACGCUGCCGAACUUCACAGCCGCGGACUGCCUGCGUGUACUGGGAAUUGGACGCAAUGAGUAUUUGGCGUUGAUAAGCGACCUGAAGACGCACACUACACGCACCCUUAUAUUUAGCGCAAAGCCCAAUCCUCUAGACUUUCUGCCGCGCUUUCCCGUGCGCAUUCACAUCGAACCCUGGUGGCGUCUGGACAUUGGCUAUGUCCUUGAAUCGGACAUUCGUUAUGUGACGGAGGCGGAGCGAAGCCUGCUCGAUGAUCUUAUUGACUUUGGCUCCCAGCCGGCUGGUAAGUGCGAUUUUGAUGUGGUGCACAGUCUCUAUCGCAAAGGACUGGUCUACUUGGAUGUACCAAUUUGUGGUGAAGACCGCAUCUGCAUUCCACCCUUGCGGAAUUUCGUCAUGAAUCGUGUGAGCGGAGAUUAUUUUGAAAAUCUGUUGUACAAGAUAUUCGUCAGCGCCGAUGAGCACAUGACUAUUGCUGAACUGGCUCAAAUGUUGCAGCUAGACCUGGACUGUGUGAAGCAGGCGGUCUCAUUCUUUUGUCGGCUGGGCUUUGCGCGACGCAAGGAGGCCCUGACAGAGGACGGUGAGGCCAUUGAGACGGGCUACAAUGCCAGCUGGUUGAAUUAUAAUCAACAGGAGCUGCCGCAGACGCCACAAAUAACUCCACUGAAUUAUAAUCUACAUGGCGGCAGCUGCGAGUUCGAGCAGCUGGCACCGCAGAGUCCCAAGACGCCCAGAGCAACUCCACAGCAGCCUGACAAGGACAGUAGCUCCAUUGGUUAUCUUUCCUCUGAUGGGAACACCAGUGAUUUUAGUUUUGCAAACAUGUCAACUGCUGGAGCAACUACAGCCACCACUCCCAACAUCAACAAUAACAAUAACACCAACAAUAGUGAUGAACAAGAGCUAAGCUCCGAGCUGGAGGAUGUGAGUGAACGCACUACAACCACCACAAACACCAAGCAGCAGAUCGCUCAAACCCCUCCAACUGUAAAGAGUGGCAAACGGGUGGGUUUCCUCUUCGAUUCAACACUGACGGCCUUCCUGAUGAUGGGCAAUCUAUCGCCCGGUCUAAAGAAUCACGCCGUUACUAUGUUCGAGGUGGGAAAAUUAUCUGAAGAGAGCAUGGAUAGCUUUUUGGUCGAACUGGAACAGGUAUCGCUGCUGGAUGCAGAGGGUGAGGGUGACGUGUCGCGCUAUUUCGCGCAUGCCAUCAUUUUGCGUUCCACCAUUUGCUCGCUGCGUCACCUGCUGCCUGGUGGUCUCGAUUUGUUGCGUUUGGAAUGUCUAGAGGGUCUGGACCGACAAACGCGUGAUCGUGUGCUUGAGAAGAAAUACAAAUUCAUCAUUUCUGCCACGCCACUGACAGCUACACUGAGUCAUACCUUUAGCAUACCAUUCUUUGGACAAUUUCUGCGCAGCUCCGAUGCUGCACCGAUGUGGACAAAACUUUUCUACAACCAUAUCACCGGGUAUGGACCGCCCAGUCUGCUCAUCUGUCGGGGCACAGUGCUCAAAUCGUUGCCGCGCCUCUUCCUCGGCUAUGGAAAACUGCUGGUCAACAUUUUGCAUUCCGAUUCGUAUGUUCUCAAUUCAGAGAACUUUCGCAACAUCAACGAACAGCUUAAGAAUGGUUGUGUGUUGCUUCAAGGCUAUGGUAUUCGUGCGCCUGGUACUCUGCACUACGAAUCCUUUCCAUUCCAGGCCGAUGAUGUCCGUCAGGCCAAGUGGGCUGCACAUCGAGCCGUGCAGAAGCUGGCCUCGCAUCUGGAUCUCAAGCAGCAAUGCGGCUACAUAACAUUCCUUAAUACGGGCGUUCCAGACCUGGGCUGCGAAGAAUAUGAGUUGCAGGUCAGGCUGAAACUGCCCCAGAAGAAGCGUCCGGGUUGUGCGACGAAAACAAAUGUGCCAAACGCAACGACGACAACAGUGACGACGCCGGGCUCGGAGCUUCUAUCGCCUGGCGAACUUACAAGCUUUACUCGCAACGGCUCUCAACUGAAGAGCCCUGAUGAGAACCACUUUGCGGCCUCACCGGAGCAUGGACCAGCCAGCGAAUACAUCUCUGCGGACUGCACUGAAUUGCUGGCCAGCGAAGUGGCCAAGUGUAGCGACAAUGCCAGCCGUGCUGAGCUAAUCUCGCAGAGCUCUGUAGAGAUUCCCAUUCUGUCCCCAGCAGCUCCAGAGUCAGAGUCUUUAUUGGAGGAGCAGGAGCCCGGAACAGAGGAGUGGACACUGCUUGACGUUAAUUUCGGAGUGCCGCUCUUCGAUGUGGACAGCAACACGCGCAUAUGCGAGCAGCUAGUUCGCAACUUAUGCAGCGAUGAUAAUCUGGAGGCCCUGCCCGCUUCUGCAGCACAGUCACAGACGCUAUUGCUGGAAUUUGUCCGACAGUGCUUGUUCUUUGAGGAUGAUUCAGCUACGCCUGCGCAGCUGCGUGAACCUCUGCAACCGACUAGGCCGUUGCCAUAUCCGCGUAUCAAUCUGGCCUUCGAGAACGGACGCGUCUGCUACUGGAAUGGUCGAUAGAGCCCCUCCAAUGUCAUCAAAGAUGAUUAAUAAUUUAAGCAUUCCCAAUGGCCAAUCCAGUUUAGAUUUUUAUAUGUGUUUUCCAUGUUAACUUUGCAUUAUCAGUUCGCGUCGAUCCGCUGAAACACGAUAACUGCUUUUAUAUAGAUACAUAUAUACUUAUGUACACACAGACACACACAUACAACUUAGAACCACUAUGUGCAUAACAUACAUACACACCUACUUACAGAAAAGGUUGCGAUUGUACGAUGUACGUUUGUAAGGGCGCUCGCGUCAGCUUUGAAGGCAUUUAGUCAGGCCGCGCCACUGUUUGUAUUCCGCUCUGUUUUUAUUUAUUAGUUGUGUAAGUUCUUUUGCAAUCCGCCACUGUUUGCAAUGUGUAUGAGGCCUAUGUAUGCAAAUACACAAGCUAAUAUAUACGACUAUAUACAUACCACUUUAUGUCUGAAUAAAUACAAUUUUAAAUUUUCAA